GCUCUCGCAUACACACAUCACACAAAGUCGUCAUAAGGCGAGCCGCAUACCCUGUCAGCCAAGCAAUCAGCCAGCAAUCAGCUUUGGGUUCGUUCAUUCGCCUUUGGCAACGGCCAUCAUAUCGCACUGCCUUCCAGGACUCAUCAUCAGUCCCAUUCUCGGCAAUCGCAAUCGCUGGUCUUGAACCGGCAUAGAAAGAGCACCUUGGCCAUCAAUCACCUUGUCCCGAAUCUCCACCUCUCAGCAAAAGGUACAAGAUGACCACACCAACAUCAGCAGAGUUCGGGCAGCCCCUGCGUAAAUUCAAGCUCGUCUUUCUGGGAGAGCAAUCCGUAGGCAAGACGUCCCUGAUCACCCGCUUCAUGUAUGAUACCUUUGACUCGACAUAUCAGGCUACCAUCGGCAUCGACUUCCUCUCAAAGACGAUGUAUCUGGAGGACAGGACAGUCAGACUGCAACUGUGGGAUACUGCUGGACAGGAACGCUUCCGCUCCCUGAUUCCUUCGUACAUCCGUGAUUCGAGCGUAGCAGUGGUGGUCUACGAUGUCACAAACCGGGCCAGCUUCCAGAAUACUUCGAAAUGGGUAGACGAUGUGAGGGCAGAGAGGGGUUCGGAUGUGAUCAUUGUGCUAGUGGGGAACAAGACGGAUCUGGGCGACAAGAGGCAAGUGACAACGGAGGAGGCAGAAGCAAAGGCAGCCGACUUCAACGUCAUGUUCAUCGAGACGUCUGCCAAGGCGGGUCACAAUGUCAAGACGCUGUUCAAGAAGAUUGCACAGGCGCUGCCAGGCAUGGACAAGGCUGGAGAGGGAGAGCAGAGCAACAAGAUGAUCGAUGUGUCAGCACCCACAGGCCAGAACACAUCGGAAGAGGGAGGAUGCAAGUGCUGAGUCGACGAAACCGCGGUAUAAGAGAGGGCAUAGAUCUCAAGGGAACCAGCAUCUCUGUCGGAGCUGCUGCUGUACUGCUGCUGCUUCACCUCGCCUCCCCCGGCUGCAUUUACUCAUCUGUUUCGACAAAGUACCCAUCCUAAUGUCUAUCUUUGUGUCUCACAGCCGUCGUG